AUGGCCACAGCUUUUGUCGCGACCGAGGACAAGACGGAAGUGCUGACCGUCGUCAUGCAGGCACAGCUGCUGCUCGGGUACGUCGUGUGGGUCUCCGAGGCCGAGUUUGGGCGCGCGCUCGAAAUGUGCGCCAAUGCUGCUCCACCACCUCCGACCAAUGCUUUUGUAAUCACGGCUCACGACUGGAAAGCCUUCAUUGGCAGACAGAUCGAAGGCGACGUCGCGCGACGCUCAAUCCUCCCCCAGGGCUCCGAAGCUUCUGUCGACGAUAGAGAAAGUAACGAGGGUGUGGAUGCAGAGUCGGAUUUCGAUCCCGGUGCGGACUUUGAGUCAGACUCAGGCUCGGAUGACUCGGACGACUCGGACAAUGGCUCGGACGACGAUGACGACGACGAUGGCGACACGCAGCCCGACGGGGAGGAGGUAUAUGGUUUCGACGGGGUAGACCUUGAUGACCUGGAUGGCAUUAAGCAGGUGCAACCAGGCACAGUCGAGACGUGCCAGAUAGCGGAACUCAACUUGCGGAAGUGCGGAAAGUCUCUCAUCGCCGACGAUCGCAUCCAGCACGAACGCGCCGCUGCCAACACCGAAUGGCGAGCUCUCGCUGCCAACGAUCGCCUGUCCGGUAUCAACGCCGUCAUCUACUACACUGGCACCCUCAUCUCGAAUUCCAACGGCCCCGACAUCGAAAGUCAGCACGCGCUUGCACGAAGAAAGACGCAAUCCUAG